ACCAAACCAAUACCCGGACAUCGCGGCGCUUUUUCCCAGCGGAGCCACAAGAGUCUUUGGAUGUACCUCAGGUCAGGUACAGGUACCUACAGCUUCUGGUGAUCAGCCUUACGAGGUUCACCCCACAGUCUGUCGAAGCAGGCACGCACGCACGCACGCACCCAUGAAGCGGGGAGGCGCGGUGCGCACGCGAACAGCUCUUCAUCCAUGGAUGCGGAGGCCGGACACGUUGGGCGGCGACAUGACGGGCGCGACGAGCACGACGACGACGAGGCGGCGGCGGUGGUGGUAGAGGAGGACGAAGACGGAGCGCAACAGGAGAAGAAAAGGCCGAUGGAAUUGCCAGCUGACCUGCCGCGAUCACUGGAUGACCGCCAGAGUUACAGCUAUGGUCCCCCUCAAGAGACAGAGUACUACGAUGCAUGGCAGGGCCAAUCGCAGUUUCUGACUGCACCAACCAUUGCGAAACCUUUCAAUCUCUCCUUGAACGAGCCCGACGAUGACGCCUUUGAGAGAGACUUUGGCCACGACGACGUGGGCGUGGCCGAGAUGAUGGCUAUCCACGCGCGGAAGCAGAGCGAUGCUGCCGAGAGCCAGGAGGAUGACAUCUUGCACGACGACAAGCUGAGUCGGGAGGAAAAGGCGCAGGCUCUGCAGGACUUUCUCUUCAUGGCCGCAAGCAACGGCGAUUCGGCAAGAGUGCACCGACUAGUGCGGGGACCGGCCUCGAAGUUCACUCAGAUAGACGGCGUGGAUGCAGAAGGGACACCACCUCUUGUCUAUGCAAGCUGCUUUGGACACAAGGAUGUCGUACAGACACUCUUAGAUGCCGGCGCCACAGUCGAUUGCCAGGACAAGAAUCAAUGGACAGCGCUCAUGUGGGCCAUCACCAACUCCCACAAGGAUAUUGCCAAAAUACUGCUGGACCAUGGAGCCUCCACCGAUGUCAAGUCUUCGAGCGGAAGGACGCCUCUGGACUUUGUGCCUCCUGGCGGGGAAAUGUCAGACUUCUUACAGGACAGUGGUUACAGGAUUGGUACCGUCGGAGUGACGGACGACUUCUACAACGCGGGCUUCUCACAAGAUCGGUUUGAAGAGGAGUUGGCAGAAAGUGAGCAGAGGCGGCGCAUGAUGAUGGAGAGUGCCAUCAACCUGGAAGUCGACUUGGGAAAUCUGGGUCUGGACGAGACCCCAGAAUCUCCCGAAGACUUUGAAGACACCGAUGAAUUCGACUGGACACGGUGUCUCAAUGAUCAGAUGUUUGUGUUUGUUGAGAACGACAUUGAGCGGAUACUGGACGUGGUGAUUACCAAGAUGACACCGCAAAGAUCAGCGACGCAGAAGCCGGUACCUGCCAACAUUGUGUUCCUCGGCGCGCGAUACGCACACUAUCACUCCAGCGCGGAGCUGCUCACAGACUGGCUCGCCACUGCGCAGGACAAGAUAUAUGAUAUCGUGGACCGCAACCAGUGGGACAUGACCAUGCUAGCAUUCUGGCUGUCCAAUGCUACGCUAUUGCUCUACUACCUGAAGAAAGAUACGGGCUUGACAGAAGCCACGACGCAGUUCCAGGCACAAAUGGCAGAGCUCGUCCACGAGAUCUACAUCCUCAUCAUACGGGACGCUGAGCGUAGAAUGGACAAGGUGCUAGAUGCCGCUAUGCUGGACCACGAGACGAUACCAGGUUUCGAAGACAUCACCUUUCAGAACGAGUGGAAGUUCCUGAAGAAGAAGAAUACCGUCAAACCCGAGCCGAUGGAGAAACGCUUCCGGCCACCCUCACCGAAACGCAAGGCCCAGAUUUCGCCGCGGAACAUCACAUCGCUGUUAUCAUCGACGCUUUUCGUGCUAGAUCUAUACGAUGUGCAUUCUGUGAUUAUUGCUCAGGUACUGUCACAACUAUACUACUGGCUAGGCGCAGAAAUCUUCAAUCGGAUAAUGUCCAAUAAGCGCUACCUGGCCAGGACCAAGGCGAUGCAGAUCCGCAUGAAUAUCUCCAUGCUCGAAGACUGGGCGCGAACGAACAACAGACAGCCCGAGCACUAUGCCAAUGGCGAAACGACAGCCACCGGCGAGCCCACAGUAGAGACAGCCCGACGGCAUCUAGGCCCUGUGGUUCAGCUCCUGCAAUGGCUUCAAUGCUUCUCUUCUAUGGGCGAAGAUCGUGACGGAAUGGAAACGACUCUCCAACAACUACCCAAUCUAUCUAUCAAGCAGCUUUUGCAUGCCGUGAAACACUAUCGCGCAGAGGUUGGCGAGAAAUCGCUGACGCGUCCUGCACUUCGACAUAUCGAAGAAGUCAAGAGUAGACCCAAAGCACCGCACCCUUCGUUCCGAACAAGUGGUGCUGGCAAAGAGCUUCCAUCGACUCCUACCACACCCGGAGGAGCCCAACAACCCAAUUCUCCUCGCAAUGGCGCUUCUCCCUUGCCACCGGGUACGCCCACCUACGACAAUGAAGAAGACGUUCCCGAAAGUAAUCUCCUCAACCCUGCCCUCUUGCUGCCUUUCCACUUACCCACUAGCACGGACAUGCUCAUAUCGUAUGGAUCGGGCUUUGGGGGUGUGAAUCGCGAACGAGAAAGACGCUAUAUUCCAUCUGUUCCACCGGAAUUUCUACAGAAGCUGGAUCCGGGAGCUGGAAUCAGUCAAUCGAGGAACAACCUGUACGAAGGCGUGGAUCUGGGGAAUGAUAGCUCGUAGGAGGGCGUUUGGAGGGUCAGGAUGACUAGGCAUUUGAGGAGCGUACGAGAUCAUUUUUGGACAAAACAAGAGCGGUGAUUUGCAUGGGGGUUAUAGACGGAAAAACAGAUCGUGAAAUGGAUUGGAAACAUCAUUCAUUGAGUAAUGUCACCAUCGCGGAGCUUCUGAUUGUUGCUUAUGAGCAUGUUGGAGACACAGUCAGAGAGAGAGACAGAGAGAGCGAGAAAAAGAAAAGGCGAUUGAUUGACAGAUUCGUAGACCGUUUCAAAUCCGCAUAUCAGUCAAUCUUGAUGAUUU